AACUAACUAACUCAGCUCGUGAUAAACUUCGACAUUUUUCAUUUCUGGUUUUUACUAUCGUUCUGCUUAUUUUCUAAAUGUCUUCCGAACAGCAAGCAAAAGACUUGAUCACUCAAGCACAAAAAAAGUUAAACUCGUGGUCUUUCUUUGGGCCUUCAAACAAAUGCGAGGAUGCUGCUGAGCUAUAUGAAAAGGCAGGAAAUAUGUUCAAAUUAGCCCAACAAUGGAAUGCUGCCGGUGAUGCCUUUGUGGAAGCUGCGAAAUUGUUUGAAAAAGGUGGAAGUGCCAAGUUUGAAGGCUCAAGAGCUUAUGAAAAUGCCGCAAAAAGUUACAAAAGAAACAACCCAGCUGCUGCUGUAGCUGCGUUAAGAGAAGCCGUUGUUCUUGACCAGGCAGGAGGAAGUUUUAGAGCAGCUGCUAAACAUUAUCAAGAAAUCGCUGAAUUAUGUGAAUCCACAGAACUAGAUAAACCUCAAGAUGCUUAUGAAGCGUAUGAAAAAGCUGCUGAACUAUACAAUGCUGACGAUUCUCCUGCUUUAUCAAAUAAAUGCCUGCUCAAGGUUGCUCAGAUUGCAGCAGAUUUGGAAAAAUACGAUGUUGCCAUUGAGAAAUACGAGAAGGUUGCCGUGGCCGCUAUUGACGAUCCUUUACUUAAGUGGUCCUUAAAGGACUACUGUUUUAAGGCUGGAUUAUGCCAUUUAUGUACUGGAGAUAUGGUUAAAGCAAGCCAAGCACUCGCCAAUUAUUGUAAUAUGGAUAUGUCUUUUGAAUCAACUCGUGAAUACACAUUAUUGAAGGGUGUUAUAGAUUGUAUUGAUCAAGGUGAUGUUGACCAUUUCACUCAAUUAGUUUACGACUAUGACAAGUUGACAAGAUUAGAUGCUUGGAAGACUGCUGUUUUAUUAAAGAUUAAAAAGUCCAUGGAUUCUGAUGAGUUACGUUAAUUUACAUUUACCUAUUUUGGAGCCUAUAAAAUAACAAUGUCAUGUUACUUCUCUUUCUUUCUCUCUCCCUCCCUCUCUCUCUCUCUCUCUCUCUUUCUCUUUAUUUACCUAUCCUCUUUUCUUUCCCCCUUUUUUUCUUACUCAUUUCUAUUCCAA